UGUGUGUGUGUGUAUGUGUGUCAGGGUCUCAGUGUGCUUCAUAUAGCAGCUCUACAUGGACAUCUGGACUGUAUGGAGCUGCUGCUGGACGCCGGUGGUCCUGUGGAUGUGAAUAGCAGUUGUCCUCAUGGACGCAGACCUGUACAUAUGGUGCUAAGUGCCCAGAGCCGACCCAACACACACGCCUGCCUCAUUUACCUGCUGGAACAUGGAGCCCAGAUCAAUGUCUCCACAGAUGAAGGACUCACUCCGCUGCAUCUGGCCGCUGCUGAAGGUCUGACUGACUGUACAGAGACACUAGUGAGAAACGGGGCAGACAUACUCGCUCAAGACAAGAGGGGUCACACACCCCUCGACCUCUCAAGGAUCUGGGGCCACAGACUCACUGCAAGGUUUCUGAAAGAUGCCAUGUGGCGAAAAAACAAAGAGCAGGAGAUCAAGAAAAGCAAACAGAUACAUGAUCUCAGGCAGAGCCAGUGUUGCAGUGUGCUGGAUUUACCUCACUUGGGUCGCUCCCUAAAACCAGACGUCUCGCCCUGGACUGAGGUGGCCAUGCACCUGGCCGAGGAGCUGAAGCCUGGACACUACUAGACACUUUACACAAUUAAAAAAAAGAUACAAAACUGUGAGUGGUAUGUACUUUUAAUAUACAAAUAUGCAGUCUUUAGGCGAAAAUAAGUUACAAAGUUGUACUCUUUUCAAAGGUACCGCCCCAGUGUUUUUUCAGAGAGUAUAUCAUCUAUAGACACCAAAGUCAUGUUCUCAAUAGUAACGCAACCUUCUGAUUGACAGCAGGAGGUCAGGACUCCAUUGCAGCUUUCAUUGGCUAAGAACCGCCCAAGAGGUGUCUGACUGUUAUUUAAAGCAACCAAUCAUGUUUAGGGGCGUGAAAAAUUCAAUUGUAAAAUCGCUGUCAUUUUUUAACAGAAAUGAAUAAA